AUGAGACUCCGCGAGAGUAUCCGGCCACCUGAGCGCUUCAAUUCCGAGCUGAUCAUUACACCAUCACGAAAGAAGACUUUGCGCGAAUCUAGAAAUCCGAGAACCCCUCGUUUUAUCGAUUACAAUCCAAACCUACCUCCUGCUGCAUUCCCCACGCUUGACCCGGCCAACCUCUCCCAAUCCAGGACUGGUGAACAAGACCGGGCGGAAGUCGAGCAGAAUGGCGUAGCUAAAGCGCUGCAACGCGACGCCAGCUCAAUUGACUUUCACGAGGGCGAUACGGAAGAUAAAGAGACAUGGGAGAAACUUGACGAUAUCUCAAUCGAUGAGCUUGAGGAUCUCAUUGCGAGCAAUGUGGAACUCAAUCCUAUCUAUGUCAAAAACAUGGAAAUCAUGGCGACUGCAGAAACAUCGUCUUCUUCUGAUAUGGACAUGGAAGAUAGCGAUCCUGACGAGCCGAUGACAGACGUGGAUGGCCGUCACGCAGAGUCCAUCAGGUUCAUUCAUGACCCAGAAUGGUCUGACCUUUCUCCGAGAUUGCAAGCAGAGAUCGCCAUCAACCUCAGCCAACACUACAGAUGGGCAACAGUCUAUAGCAAGCUUGGCUUGGGAGAAAAAGAACGCGAGGAGCUACAGCAACUCAUCAGACGCCGUGACCAUCAAGUUGCGAUGGAAGACUCGGCGCUGCAUGCGAUGAGGGCAAAACAACUGAGAGCGCUCCUCAGAAUCGAUAAUAGUUCGGCCAGCCGCAACAAGACGCCUCACAAGCUGGUCUUUCGCAAAAUUUCCCGCAAGACCAAUCAAAGGCUCAGAGGCAACAUAGGAACGGACUAUCUCCUGUGUGAAUUCGGGGAACUCCUGAACGCCAGGCGAUUCUUGCAAAGACGUGGGAUCGAAAGACAUUAUGCCGGGAAGUGGAGUGGCAGUCUCGUGACAUGGCCGAGGGCUCAAGAUGCAUCUGACGCCGAGAGAAGAGAAAGCCAAGGAGAUUCGAUGGUCACUGGGCCAGUGACUCCGUUCGGGGUUGGUUCGAUCACCGUAAACGACCAUAGACACGAUUUCGCUGAUUCUAGUAGGCCUCCUCCGGCUACUCCUCCGCAUCGCAUUAUUCACACAACUGAAGGUAUUGAAGGAGCUCUCGUACAGUACCAGGAAAGAGAUCUGCCUCCUCGCAAACUCUAUCAUCGUGGAGAACGUACCCGACGACUGAUCGUCCGCUUAAAACUCGGCCAACCAAGGGCUAAGUUUUUCCAAGCAUGGAAGAAGUCUGCUCAUCCGCGAAGACUGGUACGAUCCUUACCACCUCUCGAUGUCUUUUAUCAAGCAUCAUCGAGACUUGAAGACUUUGACGGAGGAGCUGGCACGAUAUCAACCUCGGCUGCAGAUUCAGGCCAUUCCGCUCUAGAUGAUUUCACGCAGUCGCUACGCAAUGCCAUCAACGAGGAUUGGCAGCGAGGCUUACUCGAGCUCGAGGAUACAUCUUUGAGUUCCUGUUGGAAGAAAUUCCAGCGAGAGUUACAACAGGCUACAUUUGAGCCAGACACAAGCGAGGUCGUGGAAAUCUUGGACUCGUAUGUACACACUGACCGGCAUUCGGAGCUUUCUGAGGUCAUACCAUGUAUCAACCUCACAGAUGUCGGCCUUCCUUCACGGCCAACAACACCUGGUAGAGUUAUGUCACCCAGGAGUGUCGAUUAUGUCCAGAGUGGAGAAGAUGACUUCGCACCAUUCAGCGAAGCAAAAACUCCACGAACAAGCCCUAUCAUCGACAGCCCAGGCAGCAGCUGCUGGGAAGCUUGUUCGGAUCGUGCAGCAUACUCACCGACGACACCACUGACCACCGUCACCAACACUUUCGAUUUCCUUGAAGACAAUCACAGCGAGAAGAGUGACACUGACUGGGAGGACGCAGAAGACGAGGAAGAAGAGGACGAGAUGAUCUUGGUACCAGCCAUGGGACCAGUAAGAGGGGCAGCUGCUCAGGGAUAG